AUGGAUUCUAGACGAGACACAAGAACAAACUCACUUCCCUCAAGUCCUCCUGGAGAAGAUGCAGCACAGGACUGCAAAAAGAAAAUCGCUAUUAUGAAAAAAGCAGUGCUUAUGGAAAGAGAAGCCAAACAAAAGGAUUUAGAAUUAGCCGACAGUCUCCAAAAAAAGCUUGGAAUGCUCAACCUAACCCUCGCAGAAAAAGAUUCACAAAUAAAAACAAUGAACGAAGAAAGAGAAAGACUCGAACAAGAAUUAACACAGCUAAAAGAAAGGAAUAAGAAUGGCAGCAGCUCACCAGCAAAAGUUCCGAAAAAAAGUGUCGCCACUUUGGAGCAGCAAAACAAGAAGUUAUUGGAAGAAUAUCAUUUUUUAAAGCAAGAAAAUCAGGAUUUACAAACUAUGUACGCAACCAUUAAUCAAGCCUGCGAAGAAAUUCAAAAAGAAAUAAAAAGCAAAGAUGACACAUUGAGAAAAACUGUAAGUGAGCUGCAAGCGCAGCUGGCAGAUACAUUAAGACAACAAGAAUCGUUGGAAAAAGACAUGAGAGAUGCUCAGAUGUCUUAUAAUAAUUUACUUGAGACAGAAAAGAAAUUAAAAGCGGACCUGGAGAUGGCAAGCAACACUUAUCAAGCAAUUGAAGAUUAUUUUAACUUUCUCUGCCUUACCGACUUCAGACUCCUCAUCCUAAGUAUCGGCUUGCACUGACACCAUUUUCUGUAGAUGCCACCAAAAGAAAUUGUGAUGUCGCCAUCUCUCAUUGAGACGUACUCAGGCACUUCUUUGGACAACUCCUAGCAGUUGGCAUCAUAUAUCUGUGGAUGGGAGGCAGGAGACAAUCCCUAUCCUCCUUCUGGUCCCUAUUAUCCUUACCCAGAAGUGUGGAGUUUUCUUAUGGACUCUGGUCUACUUGCAUAUGAGUCAUGGUAAAAAAACCUGUUAUGGUGCCCUAAUCAGGGAGAAAAAACUCACCCAGAGCACAAAGUUCCAGCUUUAGUCCUUCUUAGAUCCAAAAACCCCGAGGGUAUGGAGAAGGACGGGUUAGACAAGUCCCCAUUUUAUUUGUGUUAAGCCAUUGAAGAAGAAAUACAGGUAAUUAAGCAAGAAAUAUUGGUAAAGCAAGGACAGAUCGCCAGGCUAAAUGAAAGGCUGCUAAAACAAGGAGAAAAUGAAGCUAUGCUAUCAAAUAAACUUAUGCAAUAUAAAAAUGAGCUUGAAGAGGCUGAGUCUUAUUAUCAAAAGCAUGACGUCACUAAAAUUAAUCAUUUAAUAAACCGUCCAGCUACUAUUGAGCUAAAAAGAAAUCAUACGGGCGAAUAUAUAAUAGAAAUUGAAGAGCAUAGCAACAAAUAUGUAUAUGACAUAAAAUCAAUUGAAAGCGUUUUUGUCCAUCCAAACAGCGAGAGAAGAUUUUAUAUCAAAUUUAUUGAUAAUAAUUUGAUGGAGUUCCAAGGGUUCCUCCACACGACAACUAUUUCAUAACGACUAUUUUUUUUGGCCUAUUUUUUUUUGGCCUAUUUUUUUUUGGCCUAUUUUUUUUUUUGGCCUAUUUUUUUUUGACCUAUUUUUUUGGCCUAUUUUUUUUUUCACCUAUUUUUUUUUUUUUUUUCACCUAUUUUUUUUCACCUAUUUUUUUUUUGGCCUAGUUUUUUUUGGCCUAUUUUUUUUCACCUAUUUUUUUGGCCUAUUUUUUUUUAGCCUAUUUUUUUUUUUUAGCCUAUUUUUUUUUUGGCUAUUUUUUUUUGGCCUAUUUUUUUUGGCCUAUUUUUUUUGGCCUUUUUUUACCUAGCCUCAUUCAUGAAGCUGCUGAGAGGACUAGAACCUUAUUGAGAGACAGAGACUUUUCCUUACGCGAUUAAUAUUGAGUAAAUUAAGUGAAAACUCCUAAUUAAAUCUAAAAUUCUCGAAAUUUAAAAACAAUGAAUUAGUAUUCAAGGAGUACGAAAUCUGUUAAGGGUGCAUUUUUUGUUGGUUAAAUCGUUUAAAAUACAUUAAAAAUUAUAUUAAAACAAUUAGUAUGGAAUUAUGCCCAAAUAUUAGUAAAAAAUAGAUAAAAAAUUGCCAAAAAAAGAGCCAAAAAAUAGGCUAAAAAAAAAAGAGGCCAAAAAAAAAUAGUCCAAAAAAAAAUAGGCCAAAAAAAACAAGGCCAAAAAAAAAUAGGCCAAAAAAAAAUAGUCUAAAAAAAAAUAGGUGAAAAAAAAAUGGGCCGAAAAAAAUAGGUGGUCAAGCAUAGGUCGCAACCAGACACCCCCACCCCACCCCACCCCCCCUUCUCGGGUUUAUCCUAUAGAAGUAUUUGAUAGGAAAUAAGCAGAAUAAAUUAAACAUAACUCAAUUAAAACACUAUAUUUUUAAAUUAAGUCCACAAAUUACUUUAUAUUUAUGAUUAAUUAAUAAAUUUAAAUUUAAUUAGCAAUUAAUUAGAAAAUAUAUUAAAUUUGUUUUUUAUAUUUAUAGAUAUAAUGCCAAAGAUAUAGAUAAUGACAUUAAUUAUUAAAUUAACCAAGGAUAAUACAAUAACUUGCUUUAAAUUUAUUGAUUCAUAAAUUAAAGCUAAUCUAAUGACAAUUGUACAAGGAUUGCAGGACUGAAUUGGUAGCAGGAUUCAAUAGUGGUAAUAAAAAUAGUAUUUGCUAUUGUCAGUUUUACUUUUGGAUCUCUAAUUCGACUUUUAGCCAUUGUUCCACAAAGUUCAUAAAUAUAUGCAGGAUAUAUUGCUAAAUUAAUACCAAAGAUCAUUAUUAUGCUUGCUAACAAAUUUUUUCAGAUUUGGUGAGCUUACUAGUUAUAGGAAAUUCUCACCUCAUUCCAUCUACUCCUUAAUCGAUUGUGCUACGCUAUGUGGAUAUUGCAUAAAUCAGUAAUUUUGAAUAUUUAAAAUAAUAAUUUAUUUAUUACGUCUGCUCUAAAUUGGCAUUUGUCAUAUAUUUUAUGCUAUAUUAUGGGGGUGGGGGGUGCCAUCUGUGAAAGGGGGGGUGGGGGGUGCCAUUUUUUAGGGGGGGUGGGGUACCAUUAAAAAAGGGGGGUGGGGGUGUAGGGUUGCUACCUGUGCUUGACCAAAUAGGCCAAAAAAAAAAUAGGUGAAAAAAAAAUAGGCCAAAAAAUAUAGGCAAAAAAAAAAUAGGUGAAAAAAAAAUAGGCCAAAAAAAAAUAGGCCAAAAAAAAAAUAGGCCAAACAAAAAUAGGCCAAAAAAAAAUAGGCCAAAAAAAAAAAUAGGCCAAAAAAAUAGUCGUUAUGAAGUAGUCGUCGUGUGAAGAUACUGUUCCAAAGUAAUUCAGCCGAACAAAUUGCAAGUAAAAUAAAAAAUUUUUUAACAAGAGCUAAUUCAGCAGGUCCAAGGGAUGAGUCAUAA